AAAAAAAAAAAGAAAAAGAAAGAAAGAAACCAAGAGGACUCUGUCAGGACUUCUAAAACGACAAAUGUGUCUGGAAAGCUGUGCUCCAAGGCCAUUUUUACUGGCUAUAAGCAGGAUCUACAGAACCAGAGGGAGCACACAGCUCUUCUUAAAAUUGUAGGUGUUUAUGCCCGAGAUGAAAAUGAAUUCUGUCUAGGCAAGAGAUGUGCUUAUGUGUACAAGGCAAAGAACAAUACAGUAACUCCUGGCAGAAAACCAAACAAAACCAGAGUAACUGGGGACAGGUUAACUCUCGCUCAUGGAAACAGUGGCAUGGUUCUUGCCAAAUUCCGAAGCAACCUUUGUACUAAGGCCACUGGACAUAGAAUCUGUGUGAUGCCGUACCCCUUAAGGAUUUUAAACUUACUGAAAAAUAAAUAAAUAAAAGUGUGGACUUGUUCUCUUGUUAAAAAGAAAAGAAGAAAAGAAACCAAGAAGAGUUAGAAACAUCUCAGUAAAACUAGAAAAGGUAAUUUUAAAAAAUCCCCUGGGAGAAGUACAGCACCUUCCCUGUCCCGGGGCUCUCUUGAUGCACUGCGUUCUUGGGCAUUUGAAACCCAUGGACUUGCUGAUGUUUUCAUUCAGUCAGGGUGCCAUGGGUACAGGAGAACCUUUAUUCUGAUUCUGUGAUUUUAUGAACUAGUAACAGCUCGUCGUCACCAGAAGCUGUGCAGAACAAGAUGCUCGAGGUGUCUUGGUAGUCUUUGCCUCUGAUGAGUUCUUCCAGCAUUUAAGGGUGCGGAGGGUGGAGGGAUAGCCUGUGACUUUCUGGAGGUUUUCUAAUCAGUGGCAAAUAUGAUUUUCUUUCCUUGAGCUUUUAUAACAUUUCCUUUCCCGCCUGCCU